UAUCAGCUGUGAAUAGAAAGCACUCAAAUGCAGGAGCUGAAGUUCAUUUGGGAAAUCUGAAGUGGCGUUUCUGAUGAGGCCGCACCUGCCCGUCUGACAAGGCUGCGCUGGGACCACGGGUUAUUUAUGGCGGCCGCACCAGGGGCAGAGACUGCGGGCCAUCUCACAUCGCCAGCCAGCUGUCCGGUGUGGGUCCUGGUCCUUUAAAUCUUACAGCAGACUAUGGGGAAGGCGCCUCGGCAUCACGUGCCUGCCGCUGACCUAUCCGAGCUCGGCCCAUUCUCGCUGCCCAGCAGCACCAUUGACCCCUGAACCGCAAAGCAACGAACUCGGCUUUCUCCCGCUGGCGACCUCCCACAGGAACACCCCCGCUACGCCGACGCAGGCGGCCCUCCACCCCUCACACGAAGAGUGUCGCACCGCUGGCCGGGCUCCGCUAGUGCCGCUCACCUCUUGUCGUCCGGGAUCGACAACCUCUCAGCCCAACGGGGGCAGGGAUGUGAUGACGCAAUCACGCAACGUGCUGCGGUGCCCCCAGCCUGCCUGUCAUGCCGCGUCACUGCUCUGCUGAGGGUUGCCGAUCCAGGGACACAAAGGAUUCCAGAAUUAAUGGCAUCACCUUUCACAGGUUGCCAAAGAAGGGAAAAAGUCAGCGUGAGAUCUGGUUAUUGAACUGCUGUCGUAAGAACCCGGAUGGGACAGUUCCCUGGAAACCAUCCUCACAGUUUGUCUAUUUCUGUUCAAAACACUUUGAAAGACAAUGCUUUGAACUUGUGGGACUGAGUGGUUAUCACCGGCUGAGAGAUGAUGCUGUGCCCACACUGUUCCAACCAAGUCCACGAGGAAAAGUGACAUUGACCAGAACAAGUAGAGAGAAGGCAGCAGAACCAGUGGGUACCGGUGAAUGCCUCGCUAACGAAGUUGCCUUAGCUGACGCGGAUCUCGGGAAUCCCAGUCCCGGCUUGGAGACGAGCUUCUGCAUUUCCCAGGAUGCUCCUGCCUACGUUCUAGAUUACUCUGUUCCUCAGGACACCGUGAAUGGAAACGCCUGCUCGGACAAAGUGUUGCUAACGGAGGUCCCGCUUUACUCAAGCCAGGCUGAGCUGGAGACCUCCGCACCCACGGUAAUAUACCUGGUGGAUACGGAGGCAAAACCGGUGGAGUUCAGCAACAGUGCAAGCACUGAGGAAGCCUCCAAGGACGUCUCAUUGACUCAGCCCGAUGCGUUGACUGAAGUGUCGGACAACUGCCAGGAGGAGCCGCCCAAUGUCAGGACUCCCAUUCCCAUUGAUUUGUAUAUGGCACGCAUCCCCAGCGCGUCCCCGAACCCAGCGGCUCACGUUUCUGUCGAGCACAGUUACACCGUGGGCUGCCCGCUGGUCUGGAAGAAGAGAGCAGAGGCCCUGAAGGAGGCCUUUGAGAAGGUCAAUAAGGAUCUGCGUGCAAGCAGGAAGCGGGAGAGCCGCCUGAGGGCCCGCAUCACCUCCAUCCUGAGGGCACGGGGCCACCGGCUGCGGGACAAACAACUGAAGCUGGACCUGGCCGGCGAUCUGCCUUCGCAGGUGGAAAUGUUUGAGGUCCAGGUAAUGGACGAGGCUGUCGGCCUCUGCAGCCCGCUCACCAGCUGAACUGAGCUGAGCCUCCGGGACAGAGCCCAGAGCACGAUGUGUGGAGAGCUGUCACACAAAGAGCAGAAGAGAGGUGGUGGGGAGAGAUGGGAGAGGAAAUAUACUGCGGGUGCGUGUGUGUGAAAGGAAUUUGGGGGGUGGUAGAUGGGGACGUGGGGUAUUCUGGUGGAGAGUGUUUGGUGGGAAACCAGGAAAGGUAGAAUUGCAGGAAGGUUCUGUGAGGAAAGAGGAUGGAGAGUGUUCCCUGAGGGGAGAGGCCUAGCAGAGGUUUUGUGGAGGAACUAAUGCAUGGUAAGGAUCAGUUGCUGGGGGCGGGGUGGAGCUUGGUUGACGAAAGGGGAGGUGACAGGAGGUCUCUGCGAAAGGUGGGGGUUCUGGGUGAGGAGAGAAAAGUGCGAGUCCUGGCUGGUGAGAUGGGCAGGAAUGUUGGGGAAGAAGUGGGAAGGAGACAGAGAAAGGAGAGAGAUGAGGGGAUGGAAGAAGAGAUGAAAUGGUAUGGUCGGAGGGGUUGAGAGGAAACUAUGUAACAGCCAUCGUCAUUGUUCUGAGGCACCAAGCUGAACAGGAGGGCAGUUAUUUACAAACAGUUGCUCAUUUUUGCCUGGCGCGAGACAACUGUUGUAUAUGAUGCUUCAGUUAAAAAUAAAGUAAUCUGGAACAUUACGAUGGAGAACUUCAGUUCUACAAAGCUGCAGCACACUUCA